AUGGUGGGCGAGGGGGCGAGCCGCGGCGCGCGCAGUCACGUGGGCGACUCGCCCCCGCGCGCGCCCAUGGGCUUCGCAGCGCCCGCGCACGAUGCGCCGCUCGACCGCGGCCUGGCGCCGGCGCCCGCGCCCGCGCUCGCCAACGCUGCGCUACAGCGGGCGCACUCCAGGUCGAUGUCGUCAUUGCCGCCGGAGCCCUUCAUGAUGCUCCGCGCUAAGGCGCUGAGCAAACGCGUCAUAAUCAACGUGGGCGGCGUGCGGCACGAGGUGAUGUGGAGUACGCUAGAGAGGCUGCCUCACACACGGCUCGGACGUCUGCGUGAUUGCAACACGCACGAGGCAAUCAUUGAACUUUGCAACGACUACUCGUUACAGGACAACGAGUACUUUUUUGAUAGGCAUCCAAAGAGUUUCAGUUCAAUACUUAACUUUUAUCGGACUGGAAAGUUGCAUUUAGUUGACGAAAUGUGCGUGUUGGCGUUUAGCGACGAUCUAGAAUACUGGGGCGUGGAUGAACUGUAUUUAGAGUCGUGUUGUCAGCACAAAUAUCACCAACGAAAAGAGCACGUUCACGAAGAAAUGCGCAAGGAAGCGGAGAGUCUGCGGCAGCGCGAAGAGGAGGAAUUCGGUCAGGGCACCUGUGCCCAGUAUCAGAAGUGGCUGUGGGACUUGCUAGAGAAACCCACUACGAGUAUCGCCGCCAGGGUGAUCGCGGUGAUAUCAAUCCUCUUCAUCGUGCUGUCCACCAUAGGGCUAACUCUCAACACGAUACCUCAGAUGCAAGUAUACGACGACAAGGGCGCACCCAUGGAUAACCCGCAGCUGGCCAUGGUCGAGGCCGUGUGCAUCACGUGGUUCACGCUCGAGUACGUGCUACGAUUCAGUGCCUCGCCGGAUAAAUGGAAGUUCUUCAAGGGUGGACUAAACGUGAUAGAUUUGCUGGCCAUCUUACCCUAUUUCGUAUCUCUUUUCCUACUCGAAACGAACAAAAACGCGACAGACCAGUUUCAAGAUGUGCGUCGUGUUGUACAAAUCUUCCGUAUAAUGCGAAUAUUGCGCAUUCUAAAACUAGCCCGACAUUCCACCGGACUGCAAUCGCUCGGCUUUACACUCAGAAACUCCUAUAAGGAGCUCGGACUGCUCAUGUUAUUCCUCGCGAUGGGAGUGCUUAUAUUUUCUUCGUUAGCAUAUUUUGCUGAGAAAGAAGAACCGGGGACUAAAUUCAUUUCCAUUCCGGAAACGUUCUGGUGGGCCGGCAUCACCAUGACCACAGUUGGAUACGGUGACAUUUACCCCACGACCCCGUUGGGCAAGGUCAUCGGCUCAGUUUGCUGUAUUUGCGGCGUGUUGGUAAUUGCGUUACCCAUCCCCAUUAUCGUCAACAAUUUCGCCGAGUUUUACAAGAAUCAGAUGCGGCGUGAGAAGGCGCUCAAACGGCGGGAGGCGCUCGAGCGCGCGAAGCGUGAGGGUUCCAUCGUAUCCUUCCACCACAUUAACUUGCGCGACGCUUUCGCCAAGAGUAUGGACCUCAUCGACGUCAUCGUAGACACAGGACACAACUUGUCGCAGGCGGACGCCACAAGCCUGGAGGGCGAGGCUCCAGCAACCACUGGUUGUUACAAACAGUACGAGCACGUCAUCUCUAGUAAGACGCCGGAUGGUACUGACGCUAAUCAGUUUCAGAGCAGUCCUAAAAAGGAUCGACGUUACUCCACCGAGGGCCUGGGCACGCCAGAGAAACGCUUGCUCAUUAAUCCUGAUCCCACACCAGAAAAGAAAAUGGCUGACAAACAACUUGACUUGGAUCAGCUGCCUUCUGAGUUUGAAUGUUGUUUUUGCACGUUCAAGGGAUACAAGGAGUUCAUAGACGCGGAGCAGUUAAUGCCAAUGUCAACAUCGGAUCUUCGGCAGCCAGUGUGUGUGGAACUGGCGUGCCUGCAGCGACACCCUGCGCCGAAAGCACUGCCCGAAGCGACGCCCAAUAGCCUUGACAGUCCGGAUACAUUUGCAUCAUGCCUUACGCACCCUUUUCCUUCAGAGGGCGACAUCGCAUGCGAGAACGACUCGUCAAACUUGUAUGUGAAUCCUCUCGAUGGUAGCGGCAGCGGCGCUAGGGGAAAUGGUGGAGGUGAUACAGUGGAAUUUAACGGAGUGCGCAAGAGCGCGUCUGGGGAUGGAAGCGUGUUGUGUGCGAAAGGUUCGCAGGGCGAGGGAUCGCCGCGCAGUUCUCGAGGCAGCUUGGCAGCUGUGGGGGUCCCGGUGCCCAGACCGCUUGACGCCUCGCGCACCAGCCUACCGCAGCCUUUAGAGGGAGCGGCAGCCAUCGGCCUACCAGGACCUGAUGACUCCAAGCCCAAACAUAGAAAAGCGCGCUUCCAGCAGGAGUGGUCGGAGGAGGAGAGGAGACCGCCGAGAGGAAUAGCCACGAGGAUAAUCAAUCAUCACAUCCUAUUUGGUAAAAAUGGCAAUAAACGUGGGAGCGGAGGGUGGCCACUUGAAGGCGAUUCGCGGUCUCGAUCCAUUUUAAAGAACAAGGAGUCACGCGGCACUGAUAGUGAGCUGCUACUGCAAGAGACUACCUCGUUGGGUGCUAACGGUGACUCUGGCAGUGAGUCGUCUCCUAUUCGAUUAAAGGACUUCAAGAGCCAAAACCACAAAACCGGCGCAACGGAAAGAAGCAACUUGGUAGCGUAG